AUGCCCAAGCACCACGACGUGCCUGGGGUUGAAGCGUCGAUCGUGGUCAACGGACAGCCUUGCGAAGAACAUGACGACCGCGGACCGGUCGCCCGUAACAACAUUGAGCGUUAUAUUAUUGCAGAGUCUGGUGCAACUUUUGAGGUCCACUUCCGAUUCUCCCACCCAUCCCCCAAUGAUCUGCCAGUUUCAGUAGUCAUCACCAUCGACGGUAAUGACCUAGACGAACCUCUCAUUCGGCAAGCGGAGAUCUACGAUCAGGAAGGUCAUGUAAGCGAGGGUCCAAUCUCGAAUACCAGGAAAGAGUUUCGCCGGCAGAAGUAUCGCUUUGCAGAGCUCGACAUCACAGCAGGCGAAGAUGUACCGGCCGCAUCAGUCAAAGCGCAGAAGAAACGACUCGCUGACACCGGCACGAUAUCGCUUCAUAUGUACCAGAUUCAGACUACACGUUUGAACAAGUCUUUCGAGAUCACAGAGAGAAAGGUGCAGGAUCCGGGUACUGUCCACGAGAAGGCUCUGAAAGGUGGUGCACUGUCACAUACGAUGAGUUUGGAGAAUGCCGAGGCGACCGACGAAAUCGAGUAUUUUGAUGCCGAGUACGCCAAGAACGGAGAGGCCUUCGCUGUCUUCCACUUUUACUAUCGCUCGUUGAAGGCUCUCAAAGACCUUCACGUUGUCAAGCAUACCCCCGAACCCAAGGGACUGAUCGAUUGCGAUGAUGAUGUUCUCCAGAGUUCCAGCCCAGAGGCGCUUCGGCGCAUGGUCGCGCACUGGAGGCGUGAAGAAGAUAUCCGUCAGCGGCUCAAGCGCGAACGCUCAGAGUCCGUAACUGUGGUCGGAGAUGAUGAGGUAUUAGUUAGUAACGCUGACAAUGAUGUAGAGGUGCUUGGCGCAAUCGAUCUGAGAAAGCAGCGACGCAACCGACGCAAGCUUACACAAGAAGAUGAAAUCAUCAUGAUCGACUGA